AUGGGGAAGCUGUGGCUAUGGGUUGCAUUGUUCCUUGUACUGAAACAUCAGGAAGGUGCUGCCUACAAACUGGUAUGUUAUUUCACCAACUGGGCACACGGACGCCCGGAUUCUGCCUCCAUCUUGCCCCGUGACCUGGACCCCUUUCUCUGUACCCACCUAAUAUUUGCCUUUGCCUCAAUGAGCAACAAUCAGAUCGUUGCCGAGAAUCUCCAGGAUGAAGAAAUUCUCUACCCACAGUUCAACAAACUCAAGGAGAGGAACAGGGAGCUGAAAACACUGCUGUCCAUUGGAGGGUGGAACUUUGGCACAUUGAGGUUCACCAACAUGCUGUACACAUACGCCAACCGUGAAACGUUUAUUGAUUCAGUUAUAUCCCUCCUGAGGACACAUGACUUCGAUGGUCUCGACCUUUUCUUCUUGUACCCUGGACUGAGGAACAGCCCCAUGAGUGACCGAUGGAAUUUUCUUUUCUUAAUUGAAGAGCUCCUCCUUGCCUUCCAGAAGGAGGCACUGCUCACCAAGCGUCCCAGGCUGCUGCUCUCUGCUGCUGUCUCUGGUGCCCCACACAUCAUCCAAACAUCUUAUGAUGUACCCCUUCUAGGGAGACUUCUGGAUUUUAUCAAUGUCUUGUCUUAUGACUUUCAUGGAAGCUGGGAAAAGUUCACAGGACACAAUAGCCCCCUGUUCUCUUUUCCUGAAGACCCCAAAUCUUCGGCAUAUGCUAUGAAUUACUGGCGGGAGCUUGGGGCGCCUUCAGAGAAGCUCAUGAUGGGGUUCCCCACCUAUGGGCGCACCUUUCGCCUCCUCAAAGCCUCCGAAAAUGGGCUGCAGGCUGCAGCAACAGGACCAGCGUCUCCAGGGAAGUACACCAAGCAAGCUGGCAUCUUGGCUUAUUAUGAGAUUUGCUCCUUUGUUCAGAAAGCAAGAAAGAACUGGAUUGUCUAUCAGCAUGUCCCAUACGCCUACAAGGGGAAGGAGUGGGUUGGCUAUGAUGACAUCAGGAGCUUCCAUGAGAAGGCAAAUUUUGUGAAGACAGAGCAUUUUGGGGGGGCCAUGGUGUGGACAUUGGACAUGGAUGACGUCAAGGGAGCUUUCUGUGGCAGUGGCCCUUUCCCCCUUUUGUACACAUUGAAUUACCUCCUGGUGCAAGAGGAGUUUAGUUCAACUCCUUUACCACAAUUUGGGUUCUCACCUGCUAUGAGUUCUUCAGUAUCUGAUUCUGAAAGGCUGACUGUGACAAAGGCAUUAGACACUGAUAUUAUUAAGAUUUUGUCCCCAGGAAGAGAAGCUGUGGCCUCUGAGGUCCAUGGAAGGCAUAAAAAUAUGACUUCAGGUCCUGGAGGUGGAGUCAUGACCCUUGGAAGGGAAACAGCAUCCCUUGGAAAUCACACUGUAGCUCUACGAGGGACCGAGGUCCCUGGGACAAAGACUAUGACUUCAGUGAACCAUCGGUCUGUGACUACUGCAGGGACGACUGAAGCCCUUGUGCAUCUUCAGACAGAGACUCUCAGCAAGAAGACAAUGACCCCUAGUGUAAAGUCUGUGUUCCCUGACAAGGUUACUGUCCCCGCCAGAAAGAUGCCAGUCACCUAUAAUAAGCAAUUUUUGAUUGUACAAAGGAAGAAUUUGAGUUCUGUAGUGGGAACUGACCCCAGGGUGGGUGAGAUUGGUCUAAAGAUGGAAGUUGAAAACAAGAUGCUGUCCUCUAACCCCAUCAUCCGGCUCCCAAGACAUAUUCCUCCUAUUUCUGACAAUCCCUUUAUUCCCACUAAAGGGAACAAUUCCUAUGUCAACUGGUUGUGGGCUGUCCCUGGGAAUGAGACUAGAGGGCAGGUGUCUGUUUCGGUGCGGUUUCUACAUGAAGUUCUCAUGCUCUGGGCUCUGAGCUUAGCUUAUAAGCUACUGUGUAACUUUACCAAUGUGUCCCAGUAUUCGCCAGAACUAGCCAAGUUCAUCCUUAAGAAUGGGGAUCCGUGUCUGGACACGUACCUGAUAUAUACUUUUGUCACCAUGAAUGACAAGAUUACUCCCUAUGAAUGA